UGUUUACCAACAGCCACGCCUGGCAAGGUGAUUAUCAAUGGAAAAUGCAUCGAUUGCAAUCGACCAGAAGGUGACGAUUCCAUCGUUGUUCCAAUCUCUGCCUCGGGCAGUCAGGCCUUGACAUCAGGCGCUGUGGGCUUUGGACUUCUAUUUUAUCUUAUAAGCAAAUUUGUUCGUUAAUAGUCAGUUUUGAAUGAAAAUAUUUUUAAAUAA